GAUGUUGAUUGAAACUCCUUCCAGAUCGCGUCCACGGUUGGAAGCCAAGGCAGCGGCACCUCCUUCACUCUUGGAGGAAUAGGCAGUAAUUAGUUCACCAGUAAUAGAAUGGCUGCGACAGGUGCCUCAGUAUUGAGUUCGUUUCUGCUGAACCUUGCACUAUGCGGUUUGUUUUUUGCCGUUUUCGAGCUCCUGAGGCGUAUGCCAUGGUCUUCGCGGUUUUUCUCCCCAAGAAGAUACGCAGCGGACCUGGAGCUCAAGCCUGCCAGGUUGACGCAUGGGCUCUUCAGCUGGGUCUGGCCAGUGUUGCGGUACAAGGAGCGUGAUAUCAUCGACGAGGCGGGGUUGGACUGCGCCAUUUACCUCCGUAUCAUGAAGUACGGCACCUACCUGUUUGUGGGGCUGUCCCUGUGGUGCCUGGUAGCAGUGCUACCCGUCAACCUGACUGGGGGCGCCAUUGAUGCGCUUAUGGCUGGGCAGGCCACCAAUGGCUCGUCCCCUUCCAACAGCUCCAGCGGCGGCUCGCAAUACAAGUUCACGGAUUUUGACAAGUACUCGCUAUCCAACGUGGAGGCGGGCAGUCCCAAGAUGUGGGUGCACCUGGUGUCCAUGUACGUGGUGGCGAUAUUCACGAUGGCGCUCCUGUCCCGCUUCAACCGGGAGUCGGUGCUGCUGCGCCUGAUGUUCCUGGGUAACGCCAAACGCGGCGGCCCCAGUCACACCGUGCUGGUCACGAACAUCCCUGCGGUCCGCGAGGUGGUGGCGAAGGCGUUGGGGCAGCAGCGGCGUGAGGACAAGGCGCGCCGCAAGGCCGCGCGCCGCGGCGGCCUGGGCGGCAGCGCAGCCGGCUCUGCAGCGGCCUCCAGCGGGGCCGUUGGCGGAGGCAGCAGCCACACGCCCACCACCGCGCUGAUCUCCGAGGAUCCGGAUGACGACGUGGAUACUGCUGAGGGCGAUGACAUGGACAUGGACAGCAGGGAUGCGCCGGAUGGCCGUGGCGGGGGUGGAGGCAGCAGCAGCGGCGGUCGGUUAGAAGAGCUGCAGUCGGAGCAGCAGCAGCCACAGGACGGCAGUCCAGUCAGCCCCGCCCUGCCCGGGAAGACCGGAGCGGGCAGCGGCGGCUGGGGCGGUGGCGGCGGCGGGUGGAGGGGCAGCGGUGGGCCUGUGGCUGAGAGCGACGAGGGUGGCAGUCGCCGCGCGGACGCUGUACAGCCGCUGCUGCGGGAGGCUCCUUCAUCCCGGCGAGCCAAUGGCUGGCUGGCAGCGACACCAGCAGCAGCGGCAGCUGCAACGCCGGCAGGGCCCUCGCAUUACAACGCACAGGCUGACCCCGUGCAACACCUCACGCCGGAGGGCGGCGGCGACAGCCGGCUGGUGCCCGGCGACGGGCAACACCAGCAGCAGCACCAGCAACAGCAGCAUUUGCGGCCGCCGCGCUCGGGCUCGGCAGCAGGCGGGGCUAACGGAGCCGGCGGCAGCAACGGAGCCGCAGACACGUGGAGGCAAGAGCCGCAGCCGCAGCCGGCGCAGCUGCACCAGCAGCUUCAGGGCCAGCCGGACCACCAGCAGGAACAGCAGCAGCAGCCUAGCAGCAGCGGCCAGCGAACCAGGGACCGCUAUAACUAUAAUCUACAUGACAAAUCCCUGGAUCCAGAGUGGCUGGCAAAGGAGAAGCUGCUGGCGGGUACGAGCCCCUCGGAUCUUGUACGGCAGGAGUUUGAGAUGGUGUACACACACGCCAGUGUGGCGGCCGUGAACAUGGUCAAGGACACAUCCACUUUGGAGCCCCUGACCGACGAGUACAUCAAGCUGAUGGAGAAGCUGGAGGACUACCUGGACAUGCUGCAGCUGCGGCUCAAGCUGCGGCAGGCCACACAGCACCAGCAGGUGUGGGUGCUUGGGGCGCUGUACGGCGAGUGGGGGCGGCAGCAGCUGGGCAGCCGGUGGCUCAAAAAGGUGGACGCCGUGGAGUGGUGGACGGCGCGGUUGGAGUACCUGCGGGAGCGGAUUAAGGAGAAGCAGGCCAAGGCGCAGCGCAAGGCCGCGCCCUCCGCCUUCGUGACCUUCAACACGCGCAUGUCCCAGGCCGUGGCCUCCAGCGCCCUGCACGCGCACGACGUGGACAUGUGGGUGGUGCGGGGCGCCCCCGCACCCUUCGAGGUGGUGUGGAGGAACCUGGGCAUGGGCGUGCAGGAGCGGGACACACGCCGCCUGCUGCUGUGGGGAGCCUUCUGGCUGAUGACUCUGUUCUACAUGGUCCCAGUCGCGGCCAUCCAGGCGCUGAUCGAGGUGCCCAAGCUGGCCAGUGUGCCGGUGCUGGGUGACAUCGUGACGGCGCCCGUGGUGCGUCAGCUCGUGGAGGCCAUGCUGCCAGGUCUGGUGCUUCAGAUCUUCCUGGCUCUGGUCCCUUUCAUCCUGCGCAUCAUGGUCCUUCAGUCCGGGGCCUACUCCCUGUCGGAGGUGGACUUUGGCGUCGUCAAGCGCUUCUUCCUGUUCCAGGUGGUGGUGGUGUUCUUCGGCAACAUCAUCGCCGGCUCCUUCUUCAACCAGCUGCGGCAAUGGCUGGACGAGCCCGGAAGUGUGGUGCCCAUCCUGGGGAAAGCCAUCCCACAGACCGCUACCUUCUUCAUCACCUACCUCUUUGUGGCCGGUCUCUUUGUCAAGUCGCUGGCGUUCCUGCGCCUGCCGGGCUUUGUGAUCUUCUGGCUGCUGUCCAAGUUCGCGGGCAGCCCCCGCGCGCGGCAGCGGCUGUGGAUGUACCAGUACACAGACAGCGGCACCACGGUCGUGGACCACGGCAUGACCGUGCUGCUGGGACUGGUGUUCUGCUGCAUCAACCCCAUCGUGUGCCCCGCGGCCCUGGCGUACUUCCUUGUGACGGGGCUCAGCGAGCGCUACAACACCAUCUACGUCUUCAGGCGUCACUACGAGAGCGCCGGCAAGCUUUGGGGCACGGUUUUCAACCAAGUGAUGGUGGGGCUGUACAUCAUGCAGCUGACCAUGCUGGGCCUGUUGGGCGUCAAGAAGUUCGAAUGGACGCCGCUGGCGAUCCCGCUGCUGCUCGGCACCGCCCUCUUCCACCUCGACACGCUGCGUCGAUACAGCCGUCCAUGGAACGUGACGUCACUGCAUGACGCUGCGGACCUGGAUUCCUGGGAGGCCCAGCACCAGCAACCGCCGCAACCGCAACAACAGCAACCGGCACAGCCGCAACACCAGCAACAACCGCAACAACAACAACUGCCGGCAUCUGCGUCUGCAGCGGAGGAGGGACGCGCGCUGCUGCUGCAUUCCGGGCCAGUUGAGAUUCCAGCCAUGUCACAUGACGAGGCGCGCCUAGUCAAGGACACGUACAAGAACCCCUGCUUCAAGGUGGACCUGCAGCGACUGGACGAGCUGAAGGCGCUUGCGACUGACCUGCGGCCGCGGCUGGAUCUACUGAACGCCUGGGUGGCGGACCUGAAGAGGGCGGGGCUGGACGUGGCGGAUGUGGCGGCGGCGGCAGGCGCGGGAGCAGGAGCAGGAGCGGGAGGAGCGCGGGGGCCGGAGGGGGAGAACGGCAAGGGGCCGGGCGCUCAGGGCCAGCAGCGGGGUGAGCAGGGGGAGGGCGGCAGCGGCGCUGUGGAGAUGAUGGAAAGUGGCGGAGGCGCUGGCGCUGGCGGCACAGCAGCAGGAGGGGCAGGAGCUGGGGGUGGGGCGGACGUUGACGGAGGUGGUGGGGGUGGAGGCGGGCUGGCGACUGGAGCGCAGCUGAUGGCUGCCGGCGUGCCUGCCGGCAUCACCGCCUACGACGACCGCCCAGACAUAGACGCCGAGUCCAGCCGCACGCCGAGCAGCAGCGACGCGGUGUGAGCGAGCGUGUUGACGAGUUGAGUUGCGCGGCAGUGCGACAUGAAAGUGGCGGUUGGAGGCUGAGCGGGGGGGGGGGGGGGGGAGCUGCGGGAGCGAUGCCCGAUGCGGAGGGUUGUAAUUUUCAGCGCCC